CGCGCGAACCCACGCACGACACGAUGAUGGCCGCCACGACGACCUGCACGUUCACGACCGCCGCCCGCCACGUCUGCGGCGCGAACUGCGCGUGCGCUCGCGCGUCGCUCUCCGCGAAGGCGUUCACCCCGCGCGCAUCCCCGGGCCGCGCCGCCUCCCUCGUCGUCCGCGCCGCGGACGAGAAGAAGGCGGUCUGCGUCCUCACCGGCACCGCCGGCGUCGAGGGCACCGUGACGUUCACGCAGUCGGGCGACGGCCCCACGAAAAUCGUCGGCGACAUCUCCGGCCUCGCCGAGGGCCUCCACGGGUUCCACAUCCACGAGUUCGGCGACACCACGAACGGCUGCAUGUCCACGGGGCCGCACUUCAACCCGAACGGGAUGACGCACGGCGCGCCGACGGACGAGAUCCGUCACGCGGGAGACAUGGGCAACGUGACGGCGACCAAGGACGGGUGCGCGUUUGAGAUCGAGGACGCGCAGAUUCCCCUCUCGGGCGCCAACACGAUCGUCGGCCGCGCGUGCGUGAUCCACGAGCUCGAGGACGACCUCGGCACGGGCGAUCACUCCGAGCCCGGGACGCAGGGGAAGACGAGCAAGACGACGGGCAACGCCGGCGGAAGGCUCGCGUGCGGCGUCAUCGGCCUCACCCCGAACUAAAUGAUACAUUUUGAUCGGAGAGACGUUUCGUUUCGCGGCGACGGCGACGACGACGACGACGGCGACGGCGACGGUCGCGCGCGUUCGAGAUCGAAGAAGAACGAAUCGCUAACGUGAAAUACUAAAGAAAGAGAG